AUGAUUUCGGUGGCACCGGCGUCUAAUGAAUUCUCGACGAGCUCCUUGAUUGCGUUACACGGUCUGGCGAGCACUUCACCAGCUGCCAUUCGAUUCACCACGUCUUGUGGUAGACGUUGGAUUAACCCCAUGCCUGGAAAAAGUCUCCAGUCUCCGCCGACUCCUCCUCCUCUUCAGUCGACCACUCAUCGUGGUGAUUUCUCUCUCUCACCUGUUGACGAUCCGGAGUGUGAGCACUCUCCACUGCACAGCUCUGCAUGUUUCUGGCGAUUGGUGUCGGGUGGGACGAUGAUGAUGAUGAGGUGGAUGUUGGGUGGUGGUGAUGGUGGUGAGAAUGAUGAUGAUGCUGUGCUCCAGAUGAAGAAGAAGCCGUUGGUGUGA